AUGGUGGAGAAGGCCCAAGAGGCCACGGAGCCUGCCAAGGCAGACAUCUCGGGGCUGUGCCAAGACAUGUUCUCCAAAAUUGCCCUGUACCUGACAAGCAAGCUGACAGCCACCAGUGAAGACUAUAAACUUCUGGAAAAUAUCAACAAACUGACUAGCUUGAAGUAUCUAGAAAUGAAAGAUCUUGCAGUAAACAUAAGUAGAAACAUAAAGGACUUAAACCAGAAAUAUACAGCACUUCAGCCUUAUCUAAAUCAGAUCACUUUAAUUGAGGAGCAAAUAGCAGCUCUUGAGCUGGCAGCUUACUAG